UCAAGGCUACAUCACCUAAUCUUAGGCGCCAGCUCUCUCUCUCUUUCUCUCUCUCUCUCUCGGGGUAAACCCUUGGAAACAAACAGGAGCUAUUUGGUUUCUCAUCGUCUGCGGUCUCCUGUCCGCCUCAUACGGCAAAUCAGCCAGUAUUAUCUGUAGAGAGCUCUAUUCGUAAAACCUUUGUAACACAUGGCUGCACCAGUGGAAGAUUUUAGUGAACCUGAUAUGUCUGUUAUGCCUGGAAAUUCACAUCCUCAACCCAAACGAGGGCGUGAUGAUAAUUCUGGAAUUACUGGCAGUGAAAAGAGGUGGCCUGGAUGGCCAGGGGAGAGUGUGUUCCGGUUACUGGUUCCAGCGCAAAGAGUUGGUGGUAUUAUUGGUCGUAAAGGAGAGUUUAUUAAAAGAAUGUGUGAGGAGACGAGGGCUCGCAUUAAGAUUCUGGAUGGUCCUCCAGGCACUUCAGAAAGGACUGUAAUGAUUUCAGCAAAAGAAGAGCUUGAUGCUUCUCUUCCUCCUGCAAUGGAUGGCCUACUGAGGGUUCAUAAACGUAUUGUUGAUGGUUUAGAUGGUGAUGUUGCUCAUGCUCCACCAAGUGGUGGUGGUACUGUAUCAACAAGGCUGCUAGUUCCCGCUGCACAAGCUGGAAAUCUAAUUGGAAGGCAGGGAGCAACCAUAAAGUCUAUUCAAGAAGCAUCUAAUUGUAUUGUUCGAGUUGUUGGGCCAGAAGAUCUACCAGUUUUUACCCUGCAAGAUGAUAGAAUUGUUGAGAUACAAGGGGAGCCUUCUGGUGUGCACAAAGCAGUUGAGCUCAUUUCAUCUCAUCUGAGGAAGUUUUUAGUUGACCGCAGUGUAAUUGGAUUAUUCGAAAUGCAAAUGCAAAUGCCAAACUCCCAGAUGGAGCAUAACAUGCCACCACACCAGUCCUGGUUACCACCUCCUCAAAACCUACCUCCAAAUUUAGGUGGUGGUCCUGGUUAUGGGGCUAAUCCUCAAUAUAUGCCACCCCAACGACAUGAUAAUUAUUAUCCACCAGCUGACAUGCCUCCAAUGGAAAAACAACCUCACCAGGGUUUGUCUGCUUAUGGAAGAGGGGAAACACCUAUGGGGUCUCAGCAGCCACCUUCGAUCAUUACACAGGUCACACAACACAUGCAAAUUCCUCUGUCCUAUGCUGAUGCUGUAAUUGGGACAGCAGGAGCAAGUAUAAGUUACAUUCGACGUGCUAGUGGAGCAACAAUCACAAUACAGGAGACGAGAGGUGUGCCUGGUGAAAUGACUGUUGAGAUCAAUGGAUCAGCCUCGCAAGUCCAAACUGCUCAGCAGUUGAUACAGAAUUUCAUGGCUGAAGCUGCAGCCUCAACACAGAACCCAGUUGGUGGUUCUACAGACCAAGGCUAUAAUUCUUUUCCAGCACAUGGGUCUACGUAUACAUCUCCACCAUCCAAUACAGGGCAUGCAGGCAACACUGCUGGAGGCUAUGGUUCAGUCUAUGGAGCCAACUAUGGAUAUUAAGCAGGGGAAGACCCAAACAGUUGGUAUCACUAUGACGGUAAGUUUAGUGUGGACUCUCACUAGUGAGAACAGGUCUAUGUAAGGGACAGUUAUAGUUUUGUACUGAGAUGCCGCUAUUAGCUGUCUGCUAGGUUUCUUUUGUACACUAGGCAGAUCUUGGGGUUGGGCCUGAGCACUUAGCCUGUUGUUUUUCAUCUCAUUCUCACUUGUAGGUGCUCUGCCCCAUCUCUCAAGUGAUUCAGAAACUGAUUUUUAUGUACUUGUACCCUUUCAAUCAUGCCAUCUCUUCGUUGUUCCGUUGACUUAGCAAGCUUUUGGAAGGUGUUUUGGAACCUUGGAUAUUUAUUGGCAAAGUGAGGUGA